AUGUUGCCGGGCUUUCUCAUUAUUGGUUUAUUCACAUGGCUUCUUAUUCCGGAUUUCAGCUACUCCGAAAGCUUACUUAUUGCAGCCUGUGUUACCGCUACUGAUCCCGUUUUGGCACAAGCUGUUGUUGGUAAGGGUAAGUUUGCUCAACGUGUUCCCGCACAUUUGAGAAAUCUAUUGAACGCUGAGUCUGCCUGCAAUGACGGUAUCUCGGUUCCAUUCACUUAUCUUGCGCUUAAUCUUAUUGUUCAUGCUGGUCAACCGGGAAGAAUCGCCAAAGAUUUCCUUGUGAAUACUGUGCUUUACGAGUGUGUCUUUGGCUCCCUAUUAGGUGUUAUAAUUGGCUAUGUUGGUCGUAAGCUUCUAAGGUUUGCUGAAAGAAGGCAUCUCAUCGAUGCAGAGUCUUUCCUUGCCUUCUAUAUUUUGUUGGCAGUUCUAUGUGCCGGCUUCGGCUCUAUUUUGGGAUGUGACGACUUGUUAGCUUCUUUUUGUGCAGGUACAGCAUUUGCUUGGGAUUCUUGGUUUACCAAGAAAACAAUGGAGUCACAUGUCUCUACCGUCAUUGAUUUGUUGUUGAACUUGUCGUACUUUGUUUAUCUUGGAUCAAUCAUUCCUUGGCAAGAGUUCAAUGACCAUAAGUUAGGUCUAGAUUGCUGGCGUCUUAUUUGUUUGGCACUAUGUGUGAUAGCGUUCCGUCGUAUUCCUGCUAUAUUUGCUAUCAAACGAAUAUGUCCAGAUAUUAAUAACUGGAAAGAAGCACUUUUUGUUGGUCACUUCGGUCCGAUCGGUGUUGGUGCUGUUUAUACAUCUAUUAUUGCCAUCGGUGAUUUGGAAGCUGAAGUCUUACAUUUGGAUGAUGGUCCAACCUCCAAUUAUCCAACUUCCUUAACUUAUUAUACGCUUAUUCGUGUUAUUUGGCCGUGCGUCACCUUUUUAAUUGUGACCAGUAUUGUUGUUCAUGGCUCGUCGGUCGCUGUGAUGGCUCUUGGAAGACACCUUCAAAGCAUGUCAUUCACCCUUACCUUUACCAGAACUGAAACUAUGGGUGGUGGAUGGACAACACGUUUACCAAAAAGAGAUAAAAAUGGUAAUUACUUUGUUAGACAUACUGACAGGGAUUCUGCUGACGCGGCCCAAGAUGAGCCUGCUGAGCUUACGGACUCGUCUGCAGAGGAUGUGGUUGCCAUUCCUGCAGGUUUGCAUCCAAGAAAGAAAAGAAGAAGAAGAAAGAAAAGAAAGGGGCUUGCAAGAUUUACGAGGGCUAGAGGUGAAUUUAUCGAGGAGGAGAAUCCUAAACCUGUUGAAUUGGACUUGCGAAAGGGACGUCAUAAUUCUAAUGAUGAGAGUGUUUCAUCAUAUAGCAGAUCAACCUCCAGUACUGGUUCCCUAAGUUCUCUGUCCGUAAUUGGUUCUGUUGCUGGUUCCCUUUUAUUAAACUCCCCUACUCAGAGUGAAAAGCAGGCAUUUGAGGAUGAAUUUACUAAUCCUAUUUCUUCCUCUGGAGAGCCCAGUCCUGAGAACUCUCGCGAAACUGGUAAUGGUACCAGUAUUGGUACCAAAGGUGCUGCCAAUGAUGGUGGCGGGGGUAAUAUCAAUCAUGUUCCAACUACUUCAACUGCUUCUGGCUCAAAUGAUGUUGCGGUUGCGGUUGCUGUACCCUCUGUUCACAUCUCUGAUACAAGUUCAGAGUCGUUUUCAAAUUCAAAUUCGGCAUCUGAAAGUGGUCCAGAGCUUAAUAAAGAAGAGAGUAAAGAACAAGCUCUCACAAGAAUGGUUACGUAUAUUCGCGGAAAUCCAGAGCUUCUUGAAAAGUUACAAAGAGAAUAUCAGCUUACCGAGGCAGACUUGGAGCCUGUUUACCGAGAUGGCGAAUUCCGUGUGCCAACACGUGGAUACAAGGAUGGAGGAACUUUGGUAAUUGAAGAUCAACAUGGGGAAGUUUUGCGCUCACUUAAAUCUGUUAAUCCUGACUCGGAUCAGGAGUCUGUGAGAAGUCUACGUAGUAUUUCUUCUCUGCACUCGCUCAAAAGAACUCUAUCAAAAUUGGCAAGCAAAGUGGGUGUACCAAUGCCCAAGGAGGAUUCUCAGAAGAACGAUAAAACUAUUCAUGAGAUCCUCAGUGAAGCUCCAACCAAGGGUGGUGCAUCAGAUCAGAAUAAUAAAUUUGAGAAUGCCUUGUCUCCUGGUACUCCUAGCACGAUGCACAGGAUAAACAGUACGCAUUCUAUCCGAUAUGUUUCAAAUGAUGACCAUGAUUUGCAGGGAGGUCCAUCUUAUCGUAAGACUACUGAAGAAUCCUCUUUAUCGCCGCCUUCGAAUAGAGUUGUCAAGACUGUCACUCCAGGCACUUCGGCAAAGUCUGAUGUGGCACUAGGACCCAAAGAGAGAUUACGCAAAAAAAUCAAGUACUUGGGGUACAAUAAACCGCGACGGCUGCAUAUUUCAGAAAAAUUGCAUGGCUUCCGUGUAGGAGACACAAUUAUUAUUGAAGAUAGAGAAGGUAAUGUCGUUGGCACAUACAAGAUCAAUCCAGAAAGAGAAGAAAUAUACAAUACCAAACCGGAUGAUUUAGUAUCCAAGGCGUUACAAGCUGUGGGCUUGGCAAGGCAAUCUGAACCGAAUGUUAAUGAUAGGGAGAAGAAUCUGGAGGGAAGCUCCACUUUGUAUCCUGCGGAGGAUACGAUCGACGAUAAGAGGAUUGAGAGUAAAUUGAGAGCGUUCAUCAAGAAUCCUGGAAAAUUCCGCAUGGACAAAAAGGAUGCCCGUAGGGCUGCACGCAACUACAAAAAAGAGCAUCGCGAAGAUGAGGACAGUGAGGAAGAUGAUGAAAGUCACUCGAGCGAUUCUGACAGCUCCGGUGAUCAGAGCUACAGUAGCGGCCAAAGUGAGAGUAGUAGUGAGAGCGGCCGAAGCAUGAAGCAUGAUGUUUUAAGGGAUUCCGGAUCCGAAUCAGAGGAUAAAAUAAUUGAAGGAAAGGGAAGUUCUGGGAUUGAAAAGGAUUUGAAUCAAGGGAAUCAAGAAAGUGAAGACAGUCAGGAAGAUCAAGAUGAGAUAGAGGAAAAAUUGGCUCAGGAAGUCAUAGACAAACAGAAGGUUGAGGAUAAGAAAAGAAGAAGAGAGGGAUCAUCGGCACGGAGAUUGAAGCGUGGAAUACGGCAUCGUCAUUCGACAUUGUCUAAGCCUAACUAG